AUGGGUCCUGAUGUGCAUGCAUUGCUGCUGCUGGGCUUGCUGUACUGGGCUGGGGACUGCGAAGCACAGAUGACAUGGAAGCGCCUAGGCCAGCAGAGCUGGUGGGCAGAGCUGGUGGCGGACGACAGGCAAGCGGUGGAGAGCUUCCCUCUGGACCUUACGGCCUUGGAGGGCAACUUGGAGAGCUUCAUGGAGCAGAUUCAGAGCCUGGCGCAAGCCCUGUACCCCCGCGCCUCACAGCAGCCCAGCGAAGAUCUGCACCUGCAUCUCCUGCUCAACAAGUCGGUCACCUGUAACGAUGGCAGCCCGGCAGGCUACUACCUGAAGGAGUCCAAAGGCAGUGGACAUUGGCUGAUCUUUUUGGAAGGGGGCUGGUACUGCUUCAACCUCGACACCUGCAGUGAGACACAGUGCACGCCGCACCUCAUGAGCUCCAAGGACUGGCCGCGCACCAGCAUAGGCACCGGGAUUCUGUCCUCCCUUCCAGAGGAGAACCCCCACUGGUGGAAUGCCAAUAUGGUUUUCAUCCCCUACUGCUCCAGUGAUGUAUGGAGUGGCGCUUCCCCCAAGACUAAAAAGAAUGAUUAUGCCUUCAUGGGUACCCUCAUCAUCCAGGAGGUGGUUCGGGAGCUCCUGGACAGGGGGUUGGCAGGGGGCAAGGUGCUGCUGCUGGAAGGAAGCAGAGAUGAAUUCAUUCGCUUUUCCAAAGAGUCAGUCCCUUCAUAUAAUAACCUCAAGCAUGCCCACCACUAUUGCAGCCUCCACAUGAAGUGA